AUUUUAUGGGCUUUUCAAAAUGCUGGCCAAUCCAUUUAGGCUCAACCAGGUCUUAACUCAAAGACAAUGAUUCCAGCAAGACAGAACUCUUUGAAAACGUUUUGGUGAUUGUGAUAGUUUCCAAAAAGUAAAUGUGUUCUCAUCAAUUAUCAUUUCUCUCCUGUUGGAAUUUGUUUUUUCUAUUCAGUGCUCUUUGAUAUUACACUAUUAAAUCAAAGGAGUGAAAACUGGUUGAACCUAAAUGGAUUUACUGUAAAAGCAAAAUUUGGUUUAAAUGUACCGGUUUCUGGUUUGCUGGUUACUUUGGUUACCACAUGAUACAAAAUUUGGUACAUGUAAACACAUAAGAAUUGUCAAAUGUUUCCGAUUUAAUUGGUUAUUUUGAUUAGAUCACUUUAUUUAUUCAUUAGUUUCAAGUAUGGCUGAUAGCAAUGAGCUUUCAGGAUUUACCAUUAUCAUGGUUGUCGCUGUUGGUAUUAUGGCUUUCAUACUUCUCUUCUUAUUUGCUAAAAGGCAAAUCAUGAGAUUUACUUUGAAAAAUCGCCGAGGACCUCAUUGUCCGAUUGGACUGGAUGCUCAUAGGAAUCUUAAAAAAGAGAUUGAUAGAAGAUUAGAAGCUGUUAAACAUAUCAAAUUUGAACCCAAACUGAUAAAUCCAUCACCUAAUCAAGUCAAUGUUUCUAAUGAAGAUAGUUCAAAAUACGAUCAUUUUUGGCGAAUGAAAGCUCUGGAUUCUCUAACGAUUCUUGAAGAAUGUAUUAUUCAAACCUGUAAUGAUACAAGCAAGAGACGUCCACCAGGACAAGAUUUAAGAUAUUAUUUAAUAAAAAUGUCCAAGGAUGGUCCACUGCUAAAUUGUGAAUCUAGAUUGAUUCACCAAUUCGUGGAUGCUUAUAUUCACGCAAGACAUGAACCUGUGCCACCAUUUACCAAAGAAGAUUUCGAUAACUACAUGGUAUUAUUAAAUCAACUUAAGAAUUAUAUUAUUGACGAACAUAAAAAGAGCUUGGGCGAUUCGUCCAAAAUUCACUCAGCCAAAGAUACUCAAGUUGCCAUUAAUGGUAAAACCAGGAUAAGAUUGAUUAAACAGGACCAAGAUGGUAAUGAAAUUGAGAGUGAAACUUCUGUUUGAUCGUUGAUUUUUCUUUCAUUGUAUUUUUUCAUAAUUUAUGUUAACAUAUCUAUUUUACUGUAAAUUGUUUUUAACUACUGACAAAUUUUACGUAUUGUUUUUAACGUAAAAUAAAGGCGCUAAAAAGUUAUCUCAUUUUAA